AUGUCUAAGUCGGGCAACCUGGCUGCAUUAUCGGCCGUGCUGCACCCUGCAGAUGUGCCCUCAAUAUACUAUGCCGAAGACCCUCCCUACCUACCACGUAUCCUGGUCUUUUACUCUCCAGUUCAGUCCGUUGGCUCACUGGCCUCGACCUCUCGAAUCCGGACCACGAUCCUCAGUGCUGCAGGCUUCAAGAGCUUUGGAGCAUUUUCGGUUGCUCCUAACAGCAGCUACUAUUCUGCAGUCCACAAAUUACCCGAGGAUAAACAGCGCGAUGAUGUCUCUCGAGGUAUCGCUUUUGCCUUGUUCAGAUACUUCUCCGAGAUACCUACCGAAGUCAAGAAUGCUCUUGCAGACGAGAAUCAACAUCAUGGACUCACCCUGAAAUGGGGCCAAGCACACGCCGCACAAGUCACUUGUCGUAUGAGCAAGGUCAUCAACAUUGAAGAGGUUCUUGACGCCCUUCGCCCAUUCUCCAAGGAACGUCCACCCAGUCCUGUCACACCGAUCAAGCCAUUGGCUUCAAUUCGCAAGACAAGACCCUCUUUCCUCCCACCAGACGCAAACAAUCAUUCUAGUAGGACUCCAUACUCCCAAACUCCUUCCCGUCGAACUCCAAGUGGCCAGUCUAGGAGAACACCCUCCAUGUCGACACCAGCGAAUCGAAAGAUCAGCUCCGCUGCGGCACCCAAGCAGUCCCUAGAACAGCUAGAAUCGAUGCGUUUCAAAAUGUGCGAGUUCGUGGACACAGAAGAUAGAUACAUCAUCAGACUGCAGGAAUUAAUUGACCUAGUUACCCACCAGGGUAGAACCCCAAAAUCUCUAAGCACGAAAUUCUCAACCUCUCGCAAUCAAAAGGCCGUCAAUGCAAUGAUUCAUUUCCCCUCGCUGCUAGAUCAGAUCAAAGAUCUGAAUCUUGCUUUUCUAGACGACAUCGAAUCGGCUUUGCAGAAUUCUGAAGAAGCUGCCUUGCGUUUUCUUGAUGAGGGUCAAGAUAAUCCAGCACUCUAUCAAAACGCGAAGGACCCGAUGGGUGUCUAUACCUUCGCAAAAGUUCUUCUGAACCACUUCCCUAAAUUCCCCAUACCCUACAGAGAAUACCUCGACCUUCAUUCUCAAAUUUCCUCCAACCUAGACCAAUAUCUGAAAGAGGGUAAUUAUUCUAUUCAACAAGCACCGUCUCUGCUUAUGGAGCCAGCGCAGCGGAUUUCCAGGUAUGGUCUUUAUAUUGAUACCAUACUUCCCCACGUGCCGAGCAAUUUCACUGUCGCUAUACGGACUUUGGAAAAGGCUCGAAAAAUCAUCGCCGAGAUCUGUGAAAUGGAGCCUGCGGCGUCAACCAUUCUUGAUUCUUUGCGUAUUGAGCAUGAAGCACGCCGGGUGGGUCUUUCUCCAACAAAACUUCUUUCUGGUUUGACGCGGUCAAAUGGUACCAUCCGCCAGGCUCAAGCCCUGACGGGUAGCGUGCGUGAGAAAGACAGACCUCGAUUCUUCCCUAGCCUGGGUCGGAGCCUGAGUCGAAGGCAGAAGAAUUCUAGACCUGGCUUAGCUGGUAUCUUAUCAGAGCAGGACCCCGACCAAGCCAACAGUAUAAGCGGCAGCGUUACCCUUGGACGCUCACGCAAUGAUGAGAACAGGCCACUGACAUCAAGUUCAGGACUUUCUUUCAGCUCGAGCUCCAAAAGACCACCAACAUCAGGUUCAAUUGUUAGCAACCGCUCUGUGCCAAGUCCUGGCCCGAAUUAUCCCGUGAUGGGUGGAAGUAGGCCGGACUCAAAUCUUCACACCCGUUCUCGUUCUGCUCACGUCCCGACUGGGCCAUCCCUUGAACAGUGUAAGGCAGCAUUGAUGCAGGUUGAAGAGGAGAAUUACAAACUGCUUGAGGAAAACGCGGAAUUGAAAAGACAAAUCCGAGAAUGUAAAUGCGGCGGUGCUGUGAGGAGAUGA